GAGGGGAUAUUAGAGUGGUGGGUGGGCCAGGGAGAUUGAAUUUUGGUGGCUUAUAUGCAGAGAGGAUGUUUAUUCAACAGAAACUUGAGUAGAAAGACCGUCACAUACGUUUGUCCAUUCCAUUCCCUGCAAACACAACCAUGCAUCGAUUCAAGUCACAGGGCAUGAGCACCCGCUUGUUCAAGCGUUCACCAUGGGUUGCGCCUAAAGACCGAGUACAGACUUGGAAUGUUGUCACUGGUGACAAGGUCGCCAUCAUUGCCGGAAAGGAUAAAGAUACCAUUGGCGAGAUCAAAUCGGUCGAUAGAAAGAGAAACCUUGUGGUUGUUGAUGGAAAGAAAUUGGCAAAGAAGCAUGUUCCAAAGCAGCCAUCCGCCCCUGACGGUAUCAUGAGACAAGAACAAGCAAUGCAUAUAUCCAACGUGAUGCUCCUAGACCCUGAAACUCAACGAGCCACCAAAAUCGAUAGACGUAGAGUGGAGAAGGACACCAAGGACGGACGUAAGGUCAUGAAAUGGACACGCUUUGUUCAUGGUACCGACGUUGAAAUACCAAAGCCUGGAAAGCGAUACGAUGAUGUGAGAUCUGACGAGUUCAAGUCAACGUCUGCCAAUGAAGCACUCAAAGUCACUUUUGAGCCAAGCUUAGCAUCACCACCUCUUCCCUCUGAUUUAUUAAAAGAACUUGCAAACCCUUAUCGUCGUUUCUAGAGAACCCUUCAUUCUGUACAAAACACUACAUAGAAAAUAAAAAGAUAUAAAAACAAAAAAAGGAAAAAUUUUUCGACGGCACUUAUCUUUUGGCAAAGCAAGCGGACGGAAUC